CCCCUUCAGCCCUAGGUGGCUGGCGGCGCCGGAAGUGCUUGCUCUUCUUGCGUGCUCCCGCCCCGGCCCGGAAGUAUUUUUUCGGGAAGAUGGCGGCAGUGUCAGUGUACGAGCCACCGGUUGGAGGUUUCUCUUUCGAUAACUGCCGCAGAAAUGCCAUCUUGGAAGCCGAUUUUGCAAAGAAAGGGCACAAGCUUCCAACGGCCCGGAAAACUGGGACGACCAUCGCAGGGGUGGUCUAUAAGGAUGGCAUAGUUCUUGGAGCAGAUACAAGGGCAACUGAAGGGAUGGUUGUUGCUGACAAGAACUGUUCAAAAAUACACUUCAUAUCUCCUAACAUUUAUUGUUGUGGUGCUGGGACAGCUGCGGACACAGACAUGACAACCCAGCUCAUUUCUUCCAACUUGGAGCUCCACUCCCUUUCCACUGGCCGCCUUCCCAGAGUUGUGACGGCCAAUCGGAUGUUGAAGCAGAUGCUUUUCAGGUAUCAAGGUUACAUUGGUGCAGCCCUAGUUUUGGGGGGAGUAGAUGUUACUGGACCUCACCUCUACAGCAUCUAUCCUCAUGGAUCAACUGAUAAGUUGCCUUAUGUCACCAUGGGUUCUGGCUCCUUGGCAGCGAUGGCUGUGUUUGAAGAUAAAUUUAGGCCAGAUAUGGAGGAGGAGGGAGCCAAGAAGCUGGUGAGUGAAGCCAUAGCAGCUGGCAUCUUCAAUGACCUGGGGUCUGGAAGUAACAUUGAUCUCUGUGUCAUCAGCAAGAGCAAGCUGGAUUUUCUCCGCCCGUACUCAGUGCCCAACAAGAAGGGGACCAGGUCUGGCCGGUACAGGUGUGAGAAAGGGACCACUGCAGUCCUCACUGAAAAAGUCACUACCCUGGAGAUCGAGGUGCUAGAAGAAACAGUCCAAACAAUGGACACGUCCUGAAUGGUGGUGGCGGGUGGCUGGUCAUUGCUCUAGAAGACUGGGCGCGGUGGAGGCUCCCCUGUAAGACAUUCGGCCAGUGUUUGCUGAGUGAACCCAAUAAAAAAAUGAAAACCACAUUAAGUGGCUGAAGUCUGA